UCCUCUACAUCCUCCAUUCUCAAAAAUCAAAAAAAACCUCCACAGACCUACAGCCUCCCAACGGUCAAAAUCCCUUAUCCCCAACCCAAUCCAAACCCCAACCCACCACUCCUUCCCUCCACCUCUCAUUCCCCUCUCCUCCUCCCUUCCUCUCUUCCAGCCACCCGAGCAAAAAACACCGAACAAAAGAGCAAACAACCCCGACCAAGCACACAGAAACCCACACCCCCUCAAUACUCAAUUUUUCUCAAAGAGAGAGAAUUCUCCGAAAGCUCUAAAACCAUGUCCUGCUCUAAUCUCACCACGUGGGCAUCCCCCAAACCGUCCCUUCUCCCCGAUUUCGAUUCCCUCUCUUCUCGCUCCCUCAUCGCCCCCUCCCGCUUCUUCCCGGGGUCCCCUUCGCCCUCCUCUCACCGCCUACCCUCGACCGCCGUGCACUGCGGCCUCCGCGAGCUCCGCGGGCGCAUCGACUCCGUGAAGAACACCCAGAAGAUCACUGAGGCCAUGAAGCUCGUCGCCGCCGCCAAGGUCCGCCGCGCCCAGGAGGCCGUCGUCAGCGGCCGGCCCUUCUCCGAGACCCUCGUCGAGGUCCUCUACAACAUCAACGAGCAGCUCCAGAGCGACGACAUCGACGUCCCCCUCACCAACGUUCGCCCCGUCAAGAAGAUCGGCCUCGUCGUCGUCACCGGCGACCGCGGCCUCUGCGGCGGCUUCAACAACUACAUCAUCAAGAAGGCCGAGUCCCGCAUCGCCGACCUUAAACAGCUCGGCCUGGACUACACCGUCAUCAGCGUCGGCAAGAAGGGUAACAGCUACUUCCAGCGCCGCCCCUACAUCCCCGUCGACCGCUUCCUCGAGGUCGGCACUCUACCCACCACCAAAGAAGCUCAGGCCAUCGCCGACGAUGUCUUCUCCCUCUUCGUCAGCGAGGAGGUCGACAAGGUGGAGCUCCUCUAUACUAAAUUCGUCUCCCUCGUCAAGUCCGACCCCGUUAUCCAUACCCUCCUUCCCCUCUCCCCAAAGGGCGAAAUUUGCGAUAUCAACGGCGUGUGCGUCGAUGCUGCUGAGGACGAGCUCUUCCGGCUCACCACCAAGGAGGGGAAGCUGACGGUGGAGCGCGAGACUGUUCGCACCCCAACACCGGCCUUCUCACCCAUCCUUCAAUUCGAGCAGGACCCAGUUCAAAUACUUGAUGCGCUGCUGCCUCUGUACCUCAACAGCCAGAUUCUCAGGGCCUUGCAGGAGUCGCUGGCGAGUGAGCUUGCUGCGAGGAUGAGCGCGAUGAGCAAUGCGACCGACAACGCCAUCGAGCUGAAGCGGGCCCUGUCGAUCACCUACAACAGGGAGCGGCAGGCCAAAAUUACUGGGGAGAUCCUGGAGAUUGUUGCUGGUGCCGACGCCCUCACAUAGUUUGGCUUGGCUUCUGGAAUUCUUCUUUUGGCUCUCCUUUUGUUUCCGCUGCUAAGUCUUAUUUUUGGCGGGCAUUUUCUCAAAUUCAUUCCUCCAAGCCUGUUUUAAAAAUGAUUAUGUAUGAUGAUAGAAGUUGUGAGGACAACUAUUGCUCUAAUGUCCAUGGGAAUUGGGAAACCAAAUUGUGGAUUCUAAUGGAGAUUGCAUCAUCCAAUUAUCAUUAUCUUAUCUCCUAUUUCCAUUUUGUAAUUUAUCUAUAGCUUCUA